AUGCAGUUCUCUACUAUCCUCUCCCUCCUGGCCGUUGCUGGCAUGACCGUGGCUGUCCCUUCUGUCGCGCGUCGCCAAUCCAAUAACAAUGGUCUCGCCGGCGUCAACCUUGAAAAUACCAAAAUCCCCGUCAACGUCGACGUCCCCAUCAAGGGCAACAACGUUGCCAACGGCGUCGCCAACGAUGUGCUCGAGGACGGCGUGAACGUCGAGCACGUCGCCGAUGCGGUGAAUGCCGGUGUGCUGGGCAAUGCAAACCAGGUUGCCCCCCAGGGUUUCUAG